CUCUGGAAUGACUUUUCCACCGAAACGAGAGCUUUCUCGACAUCCGAUUUUAUCGGGUCGCUGCUAUGGAUCGGGUUAAAGUUUCAUGGACCACGGAAGAAGAUGAAUUGCUGAAGAAGCUAGUGGCAGAGAACGGGGCCAGGAACUGGCCGUUGUUAAGCCAGUCGAUUCCGGGGAGAUCCGGGAAGUCCUGCCGUUUCCGGUGGCGUAAUCACUUGUCCCCGGAGGUGGAGCACCGCCCGUUCACGGCAGAGGAGGACGCCGUUAUAGUUCAAGCUCAGGCGGAGAUCGGAAACAGAUGGUCCGCUAUUGCGAGAUUGCUCAACGGACGAACCGACAACGCCAUAAAAAAUCACUGGAACGCGUCACUGAAGAGGAAAUUCGACAACGAAGAAGGUGGGGGAGAGCGGUGUUUAAAGGCUUUGAAGCCGACGGAAACUGCUGAUGUCACGCUAGCCGUCGUGCCUGAUUUUUUCAGUUACUCGAGAUCCGAUAUCAACGGUACACAGGCCGUGGGUCCUCUGGUUGGACCGGAGAAGCAGACGGAUCUGUUGACCACGUUGACUCUAUCGUUUCCGGCACAAAGAGCAGAUAAUGCGGUUUCUAUAGAGCGGCAAGCAAAGGUGUGCGGUAAAACGUGUGGUAAAACGAAUGAGCCUGUAAAUCCCGUACAAGAAGCGAGGAGAAAGAGCCACGAAUUAAUCCCUGUGAUGCAACAAAUGAUUAGAAAAGAGGUAGAGAGAUAUUUAUCAUCCGAUCAUAUUAUCAACGAUGUUCUUCAGAAUGUUCAAGUGAAACGUAGUGGCAUUAGCAGAUUAACGGGGCGAUUCUAAAACAAUUUUUAGUAUUAUUUAUUCUUUUUUCUUGAUUGCUAUUCAUUAUGACUAUGUUCUUGGAGACUUGGACUCUUUCGUUGUUGUUCAUCCAUACUGAGUAAAAUUAUACCUUUUCAAAGACAGGUAUACAGUUGACUUAGCAUCUUUUCUUUUGAACCAUACAGACCAGAGUUAAACAUAUCAG